GAGAGAACAAAAGUAAAAGACUUGAAAUAAAAAGCUUGUGUCGUCCUAAAACCCUAAUCUUUGCACUUCGUCUCUAUCCCCAAAACCCUUUUCUCUCUCCUAUUCCCUUCUUGUGUGAGACAGAAGAAGAACGAUGACUAAGAACAGUAACCACAACGAGAACGAGUUCAUCAGCUUUGAGCCGAAUCAGAACACAAAGAUACGCUUUGAAGAUGCUGAUGAAGAAGACGAAGUUGCUGAAGGGUCUGGUGUUGCCGGCGAGGAAGCUGCCCAAGAUGAAUCCAUGCGCGACGCCGAGGCUUCUGAUGUCGCUGACAAUACCACCAGCGCUGAUUACUACUUCGAUUCUUACUCUCACUUCGGAAUUCAUGAAGAAAUGUUAAAGGAUGUAGUGAGAACAAAGACUUAUCAGAAUGUUAUUUAUCAGAACAAGUUUCUCAUCAAGGACAAGAUUGUUCUUGAUGUUGGAGCUGGAACAGGAAUCUUGUCUCUGUUCUGUGCCAAGGCAGGAGCAGCUCAUGUCUACGCUGUGGAGUGUUCUCAAAUGGCUGACAUGGCAAAGGAGAUUGUCAAAGCAAAUGGAUUUUCUGAUGUUAUUACGGUUUUGAAAGGAAAGAUUGAAGAGAUAGAGCUUCCCACUCCUAAAGUGGAUGUGAUUAUAUCUGAAUGGAUGGGUUACUUUUUGUUGUUUGAAAACAUGUUGGACAGUGUCUUAUACGCUCGUAAUAAAUGGCUUGUUGAUGGUGGAGUUGUGCUACCAGACAAAGCCUCUCUGCAUCUUACAGCCAUAGAGGAUUCAGAGUACAAAGAAGACAAAAUAGAAUUUUGGAACAGUGUCUAUGGUUUUGACAUGUCAUGCAUCAAGAAAAAAGCUAUGAUGGAACCACUUGUUGACACUGUCGACCAAAACCAAAUCGUCACUGAUAGUAGGCUUCUUAAGACUAUGGAUAUCUCAAAGAUGUCUUCUGGUGAUGCUUCCUUCACAGCUCCCUUUAAACUUGUUGCACAACGAAAUGACUACAUCCACGCCCUUGUAGCCUACUUUGAUGUAUCGUUUACCAUGUGCCACAAGCUGCAGGGUUUCUCAACAGGACCAAAAUCCCGAGCUACGCACUGGAAACAAACUGUUCUGUACUUAGAAGAUGUGUUAACCAUAUGUGAGGGUGAGACAAUCACUGGAACCAUGUCCGUUUCUCCUAACAAGAAGAAUCCUCGAGACAUUGACAUAAAGCUAUGCUAUUCUUUGAAUGGCCAGCAUUCCAAGAUCUCUAGGACUCAACACUACAAAAUGCGCUAAAGUUCUUCCUGAAAAAGCAGAACUUCAAACCUACUGCUGAGAAGAUACAAUUCUCACAUUGUGAUUUAGUUUUUGUAUUUUUUCUUCUUCCAGUUUUACAACAUUCCAUAUGCUUUACAUUGCAACAUUUGUUUCUGUUCUUUUUUAUAUUAUAAAGUUAAUGAUUUUGCU